AUGGCAGCCCGCGCGCGCACCGUCAUCGUCAUUGGAGCAGGCAUGUCCGGCCUCUCGUGCGCCCGCACACUUGUGGAAGCCGGCGUAGAUGUGCUCGUUCUCGAAGCGCGCGAUCGCAUCGGUGGGCGGACUUGGACAUGCGAGGUGUCUCCCAAAAGCAAAGACAAGCCGCUGCACUUUGACCUGGGCGCGUCGUUCAUUCAUGGUAUUGUGGGCAAUCCGAUGUACGCGCUGGCCAAGAAGCUCAAGCUGCCGCUGCACCGCAACGAGGGUGUUUACGGACCAGACGGCCCGCCGCUCGAGCACAAGUUGGCGGAGCGGCUCAACUUUAACGUCACACGCGCCUUCUUCUCUGAUUCGGCGACGUAUGCUCAGGACUCCCCGAAGGACGUGCCUCCGGCAGGCGAGUCGCUCGGAGCCUGGAUGAAGGACGAGAAACGGACAUCGCUCUUCGCGGGACUUGACCACGAGCGGGAUAAGGAGUAUGCUCUUGCGCUGGCCGAAUCUUGGGAAGGCUAUACCGGUGCAGCGCUCGACGAAGUCUCUCUUCGCUACUGGCAUAGCGAGGUCACAUUCCGCGGGCCAGACGCUACGUUCAUCCAUGGGUAUGUCGGCAUCUACUCAGCGCUGCACGCCGAUGUUGUCAAGAACAAACACGGCGAAGUGCGACUCGGCGAGGUUGUGACUUCUAUCGCGCUGUCUGAGGACGAGGAGAGUGUGCACGUCACCACGGGCGAUGGCGACAAGGAGAGGACGUACGAGGCUCAGCAUGUGGUGUGCACGCUUCCGCUUGGCGUGUUGCAGAAUACGCCGCCCCGCUUUACACCUCCGCUUCCGAGGCGGCGACUCGAUGCAACCCACCGCCUCGGGCACGGCCUUUUGAACAAGAUCAUUGUCGCGUACCCUCGGGCCUUCUGGCCGAAAACUGAGUACUUCGGGCUUCUCCCUUCGGCGCCCAGCAUUGCAUUCCUGCCCCUCCUUAAGACACGCGCGCUGCUUGUCCAGAACUUGCAGGUUGUUAGCGGCCAGCCGGCACUAUUGUUCUUCAUGGGCGGGGCGGCGGGUGCGACGCUUGAGAAUGUUUCAGAUGAGCAUGUUCGCGAGCACAUCCACAAGAUCGUAACGCAUCACUUCGCCUGCCACACCUCCUCCGUCCCGGAGCCUGACGCAGUCGUAGUGACGCGCUGGAAGGCCGACCCCUUCGCCUGCGGCAGCUACUCUUUCCUUCCUCCCGGGGGCGACCCACAAGACUUCCGCGAACUCGCCCGCCCGCUUUGGGGAGACAGGCUUCUGUUUGCUGGGGAGGCAACAGAUCCGGACCACUAUGCGACGGCGCAUGGGCCAUACAUCACUGGGCAGAGGCAGGCGCAGAUGGUCCUAAACGCACUCCAGCUAGAAGCAAUGGACGCGGACGGUGAGGCGGCAUAA